AUGGGUGCCAGCGCCAGCACUCCCACGGCUCCUCCGGCCGACGCGGAGCCGGUUGCCAAAUGCCCUGUCGACCACAAGACUCGCGAGAUUUGGCUGCAACAAGCCAAGGGCUCCGCUGGCGGAGCUCCUCAUCCUCUCCCAGCAUCGUCUGAUCCCUCAGCUUCCUCCGAGAGUGCACCUGCCAAGCACUAUCGACCGCUGUCCACCGACCGUGAAGUGAGCAGCAUCCCGCGAGCGUUCGAUCCAGGCUCGAAACCAGAGACCAACAAUGCCCCAUCGCCGUACUCUGCUUCGCCUUCAGCCUCGCACGCUACCCCUUCCAACUCCGAGUCCGAGACGGGGCAUGAUCCCGCCACGGGGAAUUGGAUCUACCCCUCCGAACGACAAUUCUUCGAUGCGCUGGUCCGCAAGAACAACCUGCCGCCCUCUGCCACGUCAGCAAAGGAGCUGGCCACGUCGGUAGCGUCUAUCAUCCCGAUCCACAACGCCGUGAACGAGAAGGCCUGGGCGGAGAUUCUGGAAUGGGAGAGUCGCGCGCCGAAGUCCGAUCCCGGCAGCAAGCGGUGCGGUGGUCCCAAGCUGUACUCGUUCCGGGGUCUGGGGACGGAUCCCCAGUUUCUGAGUCCGCGCGCGCGGAUCAAUGGGUGGCUGGGCUACCAGCUGCCUUUUGAUCGGCACGACUGGGUCGUCGAGCGCUGCGGGGGAGAGAGGAUCGAAUACGUGAUCGAUUUCUACCAGGGCAGACGGGCCUCAUCGUCCGGGCAGUCAUCAAAUUCUGGACUGACUGGGGCGGCCACUGGGCAGGAAAAACUGAGUUUCUAUCUGGAUGUGCGGCCAAAGCUGAAUAGUUGGGAAGGAUGGCGCAUGCGAUUCAAUCGAUUUUGGGGACUCGAUGGAUUAUAA